AUGCAUACCCACGCCAUCUUCCUCGUCAGCCUACUUGGAGCUUUGCCCAAGGGAUAUGCUAUACCCGCACCGCAAAUAGGAGACUAUGGCGAAAACAAGGGUUCCGUGGGAGGUGUAGACCCUCCCGUUCCUUCUGUGACUGCUCCCACAGGUAACCUCAGAGGAGACGCUAGCCUUCUAGGGGGUAACGCCCGGCGUCCCGACCCCGAUACUUCCGACUCCGCCAUUAUCAAAGACGUUCAGCUUGUGCCUGGUCAGCAAGCUGACGGAAAACUUGGUCUUUACCUCAACUUUGAUGGCGUCGAUGUUCCCCAGCCUAUCCGCGGAGAACUAGGCUCCCCGGAUCCCGGCCCAAGAACCUAUGCUUAUGAGAAGCUUAACCCCGACAUUUACGCCCCGCCUAGCACCGACAAGGGCGAUUUCGAGAACGCGAUGUGGCCCCUAGGACUUUCUCACAACCGUCUUGGAAGCCAAUCAGGCGCUGGCUGGGCCCGCCAACAGAACACUGACGUGCUUCCCGUCGCCUCGCGCAUGGCUGGUGUCGACAUGAAGCUGCAGCCCAAUGCUUACCGCGAGCUGCACUGGCAUACGUCAGCUGAGUGGGCACUUAUGCUCAAGGGUAGUUGCCGCAUUGCCGCGAUGAACGAAGAUGGUAAGAGCUUCGUCGAUGAUCUGACUGCUGGAGAUGUUUGGUUUUUCCCCAAGGGCGUUCCUCACAGCAUCCAGGCGUUCGACAAGGGUACCGAGUUCCUUCUUGUCUUUGAUAAUGGAGGAUUCAGCGAGGAGAAUACAUUCCUUGCUUCUGAACUUUUUCUUCGAAACCCGCUGUCAGUUCUCUCAAAGAAUCUAAAGGCAGACGUUUCUGCGUUUGACAAAAUCCCCAAGGACCAGCUCUAUAUCUUCAAUGGCACACCCCCGCCCAAGGAUAUCCAGGAACAGAACCAAACCUCAUCAGCUGGGUCCCUAGUUGGCGCAGAGUCCUACACCUACCAUUGGUCGCAACAAAAGCCAUUCCAGGUUCCCGGCGGUUCCGUCAAGAUUCUCGACCCUCAGACAUUCCCUAUCGCAAGCAACUUUUCUGCUGCUCUUGUUGUUGUUCAACCCGGAGCAAUGCGUGAGAUCCAUUGGCACACCACCAGCGACGAGUGGAACUACUUUCUCCAGGGUUCCGGCCGCAUGACAAUCUUCGACGCCCCAGAUGCCUCCCGCACCUUUGACUUCACAGCUGGGGACGUCGGCUACAUCAAGGUUGGUGACAGCCACUACAUUGAAAACACCGGCACCGAAGACGUUAUCUUUCUCGAGGUCCUUCAGGCUCCCAAGUUCUCGGACAUUAGCGUCGCGCAAUGGUUGGCUCUCACUCCUAAACAGGUGGUUAAAGAUACUCUGAACCUCCCAGAUGAUGUGAUUGCGGCUCUUCCCCGGGAGAAGGAGUAUAUCAAACUUGGAAACCCCAAUAUGACGGCGCUGGCAGAUGGUGGAAGAAAUUUCAAAAGAAGCUUUCAGGCCUAA